AUGUGUAUUUUGGUGAAGUUAAAAUUCAAUGUAAUUAUUGAUACUGGAUUUGGUGAUUUUUUAAUUCCAUCUAUAAAUUGCACUUCUUCUGCAUGCGAAAAUAAAGCCAAAUAUAAUCCAAUAAAUGACAAUUCUUUUAAACCCAAAAAUAAAACUUUUGGUUAUGCUUAUUUCGGCGAAAAUGUAUAUGGAAUGAGAAGUACUGCCUCUUUGAAUAUUAGUGGAUAUACUCCAG